AUGGCGUACGGCGGCUACUCAUACGUCCGCUUCAAGCGAACACAGCGCAUAUUUCGAGAUGCGAGACAACAAGCCAACCCGUUCGGUCAAGCCAGUGCCAUCCGGGCCAUUCUUCGUGAAGGCCGAAACAUUCGAGGAGCUGCGGUCCAGCCAUACAGUCGUUUUCGACAUGACGGCAUAAUCGAAGAGAGUGAUGAAGAUGAUGUCGAUUACACCCCCGGGCAAGAAGGCUUUAGUACUCCGAAGAAGUCUGUCAAGCCAAAGACACCGAAGCGAAAGGCCGAAGGACUGACAGGGUCUGAGCGGCGUGCAAAAGCUUCGAAGAAGGAGUUCACCGAGGAACUGACGAAAGAAGAACGCAAGAGCUGCAAGAUCGCCUUUGUCAGUUUCCAAUUCACAUCUGAGGCUGCAAAGACAGUUCUCAGAGAUCUGGCUAUUCGGCACAAGAAUGAUGUCACGGACAUCAAGCCGCGGAAGGUCGAUGAGGCGGACUUGAAUGGGCAGACGUACUUCGAGAAGCUUGAUGAAGAGGCCGCUCUGGUCGAUAAUCAUGGAGGGCGAGCAUUGAGAAAUCGCAAGGUCGCCAAUUUGAUCAAUGAUUCCAGAGAGCUCGAUAGCCGCAGCCAAUCUCCGCAGUCCGACGACGAUACUGCCCAGGUUCCGAAGAAUAACAAGUCUGCAGUAACGGCCAGCAGGACUCAAGAUCAAGAUAUGGACAUCGAGAAGUGGGAGCCAGUCGCAGGUCUCGACCCACGCGUGGAGUGCAAGAAGUGCCAUAAUUUUGGCGUCGGGUGUGUAUGCCACCUGGCGUUGGCCCCGAAAGCUCGACAGCUUCCAUCCAUUGUUGCUAAGACGCCUCGAAAGGACAAGAAGAAGGCCAAGGCGAAGAAGCCCAGCCGGAAGGGCAAGGAUCGUGCCGACUCUCCUGAUGAACCCAACUUUCAGUCCGGCCUGGUAACACCGCCUCGGACAAACUCCCAUGCUUCAAACUGGAAUGGAGGUCCUUCGUCGUCAAUGUCACCAACUCCAGUGCCAUCUUUGCCGCAAGAAGCACAAGUUUGGGGUCCACAAUUCUACCACGACGAGGAUCAAGAGGUCGAUCGCAUCUUCAGAUUUGAGGCGGCAGAUAGUGCUGGUAGUAACGAGCGGAAGACGCUGACUGUGAUCGUUGUGCCUGACGAUGAUGGUCUGUUCCACCUCGCAACACGCUGGACGCAUCCCAUCUCCUUCAAGAGCUAUCCCAGAAACUGUCACUUCUGCGCCAAUCCAGCUUUGGGAGUGUGGGGUCAAGGGGAGCGAACUGUGGCCUUGCGACGGCAUCCAAAUAGUGCGCAGUUUCAAUAUCUUGAGGUCGGUCCAGGGCCUCGUAGACCACCGACUCAGAUGUGUCUGUUCUGCUCGGUCCAGAGAUUGCAUAUCAUGUCCUGCCGUAGCCACAGCUACUCCAGACUUGAUCUCGGCGAUCCAGAGGCUUUUGAGGAGCGCCGCAAGCUUUACGGUGAACAGCUGCUCGACCGUCACGGCGAGCACCGCGGCAACAAAUUAGAGUUGGAUCCAUGCAGCAUCUGUACCCAGCCAGCAAUAUAUCGAUGCUGCGCCGAGCAAACCCUCGAUAAGUUGCGCAAGCCUCUUUCGACACCAAACCGACAUGGCUGUGGACUGAAGGUCUGCUCGAAUUGUCGCAAUAUCUUACAGACGAGGUUCCCGAACGCUAAGCUCAAGUAUCGCAAGCUCCGAAAAGCCUUUGACGAAUACUUCAAGGAGCAUCCUGAGCGCCAGGAAGGAACUCUUCGGAGAGACGUUAUCUUCAUCUGCCAUGAUAGUUUGCUGGAGCGAACAUUCGCUAAAAAAGGCCAGAAAUGA